GAGGGAGGGAGUGAGUGUGAGAGAGAGGGAGAGAGGGAGGGAGUGUGCGCAGAGUCCCGGAAAGCUGCUGCUCCUCCCCCGGCCACCCCAGGGCGAUCAUGGCGACAGGCGGCUACCGACCCGGCGGCAACACCACCGACUUCCUGGAGGAAUGGAAAGCCAAGCGGGAGAAGAUGAGAGCGCGCUACGCGGCCAUACCGGCCUCCUCCUCCUCCUCCUCCACCACCACCACCUCCAACAACAACAACAACAACCACCUGAGCGAAGCGGCUCCGAGCCGUAACGGCGGCGCCAUCGAGCACAACAACAACAACAACAGCAGUCGCUGUGAGGAAGAGGGUCCUCCCGCCGCCGCCGCCGCCGCCAUCAUCACCACCACCCCCCCCGCCACCGAGAAGCCGGCGCUUCCCCCGGGAACCGAGGCCGCCGCCAUCGCCGCCUCCGCCGCCGACGGCUGCUGUGACGGGAAGGUGCCGGCGGGUCCCGAGGGAGAGGAGGCUUCUCCGUCCAGCGGCGGCGGCAACAGCAAGAGCAAAGGCAAAGGGUCGGGACCCAGCGCCAGGAAGGGCAAAGGGCAGAUCGAGAAGAGAAAACUCAGGGAGAAGAGGAGGUCGACAGGUGUCGUCAACAUCCCGUCGGCAGAGAGUCCUGAUGAUGAUGAUGACCGCUCACAACAAAAGGAUCGGCAGAGGGAGGAUGUCGUUACUCAACAAAAUACUCUCCAGAAUGAGUCGAUUGUGUCAGAUGCAAACACUACAUUUUCUGAAACUUCUCGAACUGUGACAGGACGAUGGAAAAGCACUGCACCUGAAGAUGAUGCUGCAAUGUAUUCAUCCAGCAGUCGGUAUUCUGGCCGAGGAGAGAGGCCUGGCUACAACCGCUUUGGAAACACUUCUGUGAGUCCUGCCUUUGGCAGUACAUUAGAGAAGAAACUAGAAGAACUCGAAAAGGAACUCACCAAGGAGAGACAAGAAAAUCAGAAACUAGUCAAGCUACUACAGGACAGAGAUGACCUUAUUGGAAAGCUGAGAGAAGAAAUUGACCUGCUUAACAGAGAUUUGGAUGAAAUAGAAGAUGAAAAUGAUCAACUGAAACAAGAGAACAAGACCCUUUUGAAAGUUGUCGGACAGUUAACCAGGUAGAAGCUAUUGAUGCAAGUCAUUUCUACUGUACUUCGUACAAGUAAGUUUAACUGAUAAUGUGGAUUUUAUUAUCCCAGAAUUAGCUUUGAAAAAGCACAGACUUUUGAAGAAAAAUCCUUCCGAGUUCACACUACUCUUGCCUGGGAGUGUUGUGCUUCUACUAUAAGAACUGUUAACCAUUGUUAACCAUGAACAUUUUGAAUUAGUGGCUAAUUGUGUCUCAGUAUUUCAUAUACCAACACUUGGAUUUUUUUGGAUAAUUUCAAAGUUUUCUUAGAAUAUUCGUAAGUGUAAACAGGUCAUUCAUUUAAAUUAUGGAUUUAAAAACCUUGUAUUUCAGUGUAUGCUCGGAUCAUUUAUGUACCACUAUCUUAAGAAAUUGUCUGUGUAUUCAAAAUUAUAUGGUUAAAACUAAGAAAUUAAAGUUGCUUUACAGUUUAAUAGGUUUAGGCAGCAUUGAUCCCAAGAAAUAUAACCAUAUGAAGCAUUCAUAUAAUAAGCAGGCCUUCCAUUUACAGUAUGGAUAAAUCUUUGCACUUGUAUGUGAUGUAUAUCAUUUAUAUACAAUUAUAUCUUGUUUUGUGUAUUCAACAUCAUAUGGUUAAAUAUAAAGAAAAGAUAGUUUCCUAUUUAAUGAAGGUAUGGAUAGGAAUUUCUUAAGCAAAAAAUGCAUCUUAAAAUUAUCUGCUAUGCCUAUGCAUACAGACCAUCACUAUAAUCUGACCUUUACUAAAUUCCAUUUACAGGAUAGUGUUGGCUGCUUUCAUAGCUUUUCUUAUUGAAUAAAUGCAUUCCAAAAGCAGGAAGAUGUUUACUUAUAUCACGUACAACAAUCCACAAUGUUAAAUGUUUGUCAUUUUGUAAGCAUAUGAAUACUACAUCAGAAUUUAUCAACCUGUUUUAUUUAGAUUGAAUGCCUUAUUUAAACGUGUGACCUGUUCUUGGACCAGAUUGAACAAUCGUAUAAUCUCACAGAAAAAAAUGUUUACUUUUUAAAAAAUAAACUGUUUUCAGUUGUGUUCUUUUCAGUAGAAAAUUAAAAGCCUGGAGCUUUUAAAUUGAUAGAGGCAAGCAUGUAAAUAUACAAUGCGGGGAAUGAGUUUUGAUUGCUAUUAAGAUAAAAUUCUUAAGAAUUGUGACCUGCAUUAAUCCUGUUUUAGCUUAAUUUAGUGCACCAUAAGGGAUGGUACAUUAUAAGCUGUUUAUGCUGUUGUAGAUAAAAUUAUGCAAAAUAAAGUCAGCAGCACAUUA